UACUUCAUUUACAGACUGUCACUUGGAGUGGAUAUACCGGGAAUGGGAUCUUCAGCGAGAGCUAAGAAAAACUUUAAAUUUUUCCGCGUUUAUGCUCUCCAGAGACUCCUCUUUAUCUUGAGGGAAUAAUCAGGAGAGACAGAAAAUAGGUGAUAUUGUAUAGGUAAUCAAUGUGAAGAAUUGGAGAAUAGAUGCGAGUGAAAAGAUAUACGAAUGGGAUACAUUUGACGCGGACAUGGCGAAGUGGUUUAAAGAUUUCCCAACUAGUUUGAAGACUGGAUCCGACCGGAUCCGUUCAGCUUCGGAAUCGGGAACUCAGUCCCGUCCCAAACCGGUUCUGGCAGUCGGCACUGGUUCGAAGGGGAGUCUGCGUAAAAAUUCUGGAGCGGAUAACGGUGGCGGCGGCGGCGGUGGUGUUGGCUCGCUGCUCCACGGAAGAAAUCGCAAAAAUUCGGCCAUCGAGCUUGGACGGAACCACUCAAGCACCGGUUCGAUAAAAGACGGGAAGAUUUGGGAAAUUCUGAUCCCUGGAAAAAGUAAGAAGAAUACUAAAAUGGAAGGAUUUGAAGACCAUCGCACCCUGCGGACAACCAGCCUGGCUGAUGCAUACAUGAGCAGAAUGAUCAAAGUUAAUGAUCCAAAAUCAAAUACAGGAGGAUCAUCUCCAGACAGUGAACGGGCCAAGUCACCAAUCAAAACAGAAAAGAUCAUCUGGCAGGAUUAUGCUGACCCUUUUGAUGCAGAGAAAACAAGGGAACAGAGAGAGGCUGAAAGGGAAGGAGAGAAUGAUGGCUACAUGGAACCCUAUGACGCCCAGCUCAUUAUAACAGAGAUUCGCAGGCGAGGAUCAAAGGACUUGCUUAAAGUGUGCGUAGUGUUAAACGCAGGAGAAGGUGAGGGGUCUGGACCCCCACAGAUCUAUGAUGUCCCAUAUGAGGAGGUUCUGGAGGGCAUUCCCUUGACCCGGCCUGAGUCCGAUUCCAGACCACCAGCAGAGUAUGAACUGCCUUGGGAGUGGAAGAAGGAGCAGAUUGUUAGAGCACUGUCAGCUCAGUUUGAUGGAGUUGAUCGUAUGUCUAAGGAAGAGUCUGGUCCUCCUAAUAUGAAACAGCAGACCCUGAGACUUAAGAGCUGGACCCCCAAAUCUCUGCGACCAAGUCCCCCCUCCCCGACUUCCCCAUCAUCUCCCAACACCACACCAGACAGUGAGACCCUGAUAGUUGACCCAACCUUGCCCCUGGAAAAACAGAGCUGGUAUCAUGGCAGUGUGAGUCGUCAGGAGGCAGAGGCUCAGCUGCAGCAUUGUAGGGAGGCCAGCUUUCUGGUGAGAGACAGCGAAUCGGCUACCAGCAAAUACUCCAUUGCACUCAAGACAAGUCAAGGAUGUGUGCACAUCAUCGUAGCACAGACUAAAGAGUGCGGUUACACACUGGAAAAGAGCAGCUGUGUGUUCCCAAGCAUUCCAGAAGUGGUACACCACUACUGUACGCAGCGCUUACCCUUCACUGGGGCAGAACACAUGACCCUACAGCACCCUGUACCACGCACACACUGAACGCGCACAUACAUGCUAAACUUACACACAUGCAAAGUGUUUGCUGUUCUCUGGUGCAAAGACAUGAUUAUACACUACCCUGGUGCCUGCCACUGCCAGCAAACCACAGCUUAAAUACUUAAAGGGAUAGUUCACCCAAAAAUGAAAAUUCUUUAAUCAUUUAUUCACCCUGAUGUGGUUCCACACCCAUAUGAUGUUCUUUCUUCUACCAUUGAAAAAAAAAGGAGAUGUUGGGCAGAAUGAUAGCCUCAGUUGCCAUUCACUUUCAUUGUAUGUAUAAAAGAUGCAAGUAAAGAGUAUGGUGACUGAGGCUAUCAAUCUGCAUCCUUUUGUGGUCAUAGGUGUUUGGACAAUCUCUAAAAUGUUUCUUACUGUACCUAUGUUUAUUUGUGCAUAGAAAUGAAUUAUUGAGCAAGUGGGAUUUUUCUAAUUUUAGUUUUUGGCCCCCACUGAAACCAAAGAUUUUACUCGUAUAUUACCAUAAUGACGCCAGAGAGAUAACGGUAAGAAAAUAUAUUUUUAACCAAUACCAAACUGUAUUUUAAACACCAAAACAUAAUUUACAUAAUUUCUAUGUGUUGUUGACUUCUUUUUUUUAAUAUAUAUAUAUAUAUCUGUUUCCUCUUCCCUUGUCUAGUGCCUAUGAUUGCACUAGCUUCAUAAGUUCCCUAUCAUGCUACUGAUCUAAUUGCGUGACUGAAGGGGCGACUCGCUUCUCAUCGCCCCCCUCUGGUAGAAGUUCUAAACUGCAGCUGUAUCACUCCGGCAGUUGAUGCCAAUUUGUGACUUCCAUUGACUUAAUUUAGUUGUCAUCAAGGAACAUGGAUUUAAGUGCCUGCAACAACGACUGUGUAUUUAAGUGGGCAAAAUCUGUGUCACAGGUCCUGAUUUGAUAUUUUUAAGAUCCUUAGUAUAGAAUUAAUUUAGAAUUGUAGUUUAAUUAAUAAUGUAGAGUUUAAAAAAACCCUCAGAACAAAACACGAAGAGAGUUGGGAUCAAUACAGAAAAUUCAAGCUGGCUUGUUCAUCAGAUAAAUGAGUAAUUGAUGUUGAUUAGCUAUUGUUCUUGUCUGUCUGUAAUAAAACUUGCAGUUGAUUGGUUAAAGUUUGGCAAUAAGGGACCAUUGAAUGGUUUUAAUGACCAUGCUGUCAUGCUUGGAGUCAUGGCAUAAAGUAUGUGGCACUGACUGGUAAAUCACAUGAGUGAUUACAUAUAAAAGUAUGUUUCCAUUUAAUUAUGUUUAAUUGUGAAGGUUUUUAAUGCUAAGUCCCUUUGAAGUUAUGAGGUAAUUAUUGUUACACUCUAAGAGAGAGAAAUGGUGAAAGACCAUAUGUUCACUGAAGAUUUUGCCUUUAUACAAUGUAAGAUUGUGCAAAAGCCUGAAAUAAAGCAGAUGACUUUCAACAAUUUAAAUAAAA